AAAGUUAUUCCUCUUCUCAGCUCUCUGAAAUCAAAAAUGCUGGGACAUAUUCGCAAAUGCAAUCGAGGCAAGUCUAUCCGCAAGCUCCCCCAGGAAGACAUGGGUGGCAGCGGAAAUUGGUGGCGUAACGGCACGACAGCUUUGUAUCCUUGCAAGGUCCGUCGACCAGUCGUGCUUGUCAUGGGCGACUCCCAUACGCAAGGGAUGUACGGCGCUAACUAUGUGGAGGUACUCCAAGCGAGAUUUCCGGCCUUCCGCUUGGUAAAUGCAGGUCGAAACGGCGAGGUACUGGAAAGUAUUCGACGUCGUACUAUACCACUGCUCCAAGCGUUUGGCGGGGACGUUGUGGGUGUGGUCAUAUUGGGCGGCACGAACGACUGUCUGGCGAACCUGAAUGCCUCGACUCGGGCUCUAAUCCGCCUUUACAAUCCCUUCCUCAGGGAGCUUCCCCUCCUUUCUGAGUACACCAAGAUCCUUCACGACCUGCUGGCUACCAUUUAUGCGCACGAGGUCUCGUCAUACAUCGACAUUUGCUGCGUGACUCCCCCGAUGAUUGCCGAGUGCCCCGACUCCCUCGAGAACAAGCUGGUUGACAGCGUAUGUGACGACAUUCGGGCCACAGUGCGGCGAAUAACGCACAAGCGAAGGGAGAAGGGGGUCGAGAAUCUCGUCACACAAGAAAAAAAGGGUGCAGAUGGACGAAUGGAGGUGACUACCGGCGCAGGGGUUCUUCUUCCGCCGGCUUUGUCCAGCUCCGAGCUUCCAAAGACAUGCUGGCCUGGGGGCAAGACUGAGGAAAGAGACGCCGACGACUGGCAGCACGAGCAGGGUCAUCGAUAUUGGCGAGCUCGGCAAGGCCAUCAUCGCUCCUCUCUAACCUCAUCGGGGCCUCCUCGCCCUCGACGCCGCCUGCAUUGUCUUGACUUCAACAUGCAUAUGAAGCGGCACUUGGAGGAGGUAAUAGCCGACAAGCCGCGAAAGGCAUUCGAACCCGAUUUCUUCAACAUGUGCUUCAACAGCGGGGUCAGUCUGGUCAGUGGGUCUGUCUUAAAGUGGGACUCAGUCUCUGCCGCGCGCGGCCUCGCGCUGCACAAUGACGGAGUGCACAUGAACGAGAGAGCUAUCGG